AUGCGUUUCUUCUUCUUCUUCUUCUUCUUCUUUUUCUUCUUCUUGAUUUCGCAAUUGCAGCCUCCGAGACUUGAUAUCAAGAGAAUGUUCGUGCAAAGGAGUGAGAGGGUCAAGUCUGUAGAUCUGCACCCCAGCGAGCCAUGGAUUCAUGGCGGUCUUUAUUCUGGGACUGAUUACAUAUGGAAUUACCAGACACAGACGCUUGAGGGGCACACCCACAAUAUUUAUGCAGUGUGCUUCCAUCCUGAGCUUCCCAUUAUAUUCACUGCUUCCGAGGAUGGGACGGUGAGAAUAUGGCAAGCCACCACUUACAGGCUUGAAACUACUCUGAAUUAUGGACUCGAAAGAGCUUGGGCCAUUGGGUAUAUGAAAGGGUUGCGCAGGAUUGUGAUUGGUUAUGAUGAAGGAUCUGUCAUGAUCAAGAUUGGUAGAGAAGUACCAGUGGCCAGCAUGUUUAGUAGUGGAAAAGUUAUUUGGGCCAAGCAUAAUGAAAUACUUACAGUGAAUAUAGAAGUGUUUGAACAGAAAAUGAGGUUUUUUAUAUUCUUUCCUCAAAUUUGA